CCCGUAUAACAACAACAUGGCGGCGACCAUGAAAUGGAAGCGUGUGACAAAUUCUACUGGCCCCGUGCCUCGACCAAGGCAUGGACAUCGCGCUGUAGCAAUAAGAGAACUUAUGGUUGUCUUUGGAGGAGGAAAUGAAGGAAUCGUGGACGAAUUACACGUCUAUAACACAGGUAACGCAGUUUGCGUGGGAGCGAGAAACAUGGCGGCCCCUAUGUGCUUGAUCUUCGCGCCAGAGUCUUCCCGAUGCUGUUUUUAGCCGCUGACGCUCAUGCUAAGCGUGCUAUGUUCUUCACAUUAAUCAAAAUGUUUUACUUUCUUUUUUAGCGACAAAUCAAUGGUUUGUCCCCGCGGUUCGCGGAGAUGUUCCUCCGGGAUGUGCGGCGUACGGUUUUAUUGCGGAUGGUACUCGACUAAUUACAUUCGGUGGUAUGGUUGAAUACGGGCGCUACUCUAAUGAGGUAAAUUUUCGCUAUUAAGUAUUUUUUAUCUGUGCGUGAAUAUUGGGAAACAGUUUUUGUAGACGUAGCUUAAAUCAUUUAUUUAUGGGGCACCUCUUAAGGUUGGCGAAAGGGUACACUACGUAACCCUUACGUUGUUUUUUGUUAUUAUUUUCCCCUGAGAAAAAUUCUCCUUGGCCAUUUCCGCAGAUAAUGAGGUCGAGGAGUUUUCUUUGUGAAGACAAGUGUGUAAUUGAUAUUGUUUAGAAUCCGUUAAAUCGGAGCCGAACCUUGAUAUAGCUUUAAAACGAGUGUUUUGAGUCUGAUAUACGCGUAGGCGUAAAUCAAAGUCAAUUUUUGUAGUCUUGCAUAUUCACAUGUUUUGUAUGUUUACACUUCGUUGCGUCGAGCAGUAAUCAAACUGUCCUCCAAUAUACAACGUGAAAUAGCACGAUUUAGCUUUUUCUUGAAGUUCAAAUGUCUGAGAGAACACUGAGCCAGUUUGCUUUUAUAAUUCAGUUCGAAGAUUGUAAACUAUUGUAUGGAAUUUUUGAAAUUUUUUUGAGUGUCUUACAAUAUAUUUCGUAAUAAAUAUUGUAACCAUAAUAUCUCUUCAACAUUUUUUUUACAUAAGGAAAUGUUUUUGUGCAUUUAACUAGAGUGAGAACAAUCAUGUCUACAUCAGCUUUAAUUCGGUAUGGUAUUUUUUUUGUUACAGGAAAUUUUAUACCCACUAUAUCAAUCUUUUUUAGUCAACAAAAUAUUUUCUGAAAGUUGAUCCAAGAAGAAAAACAUUGAAAAGUAGUUUUCUUAAUUCAUUUUCGUUAUGUUAUUGAGUUGAAUAACAUGUUAUUUUUCAUGUGCAAUUUUGUGGCAAAAAAUGUCUUUGUGGGAAAGUAAUUAGAGGCUUGAUCCUUCUUGGAGCUAUAUUGUAAAGUUAAAUGGUUUGCAUUGACAAAAGCUUAAAAUUUACGUGCACAAAAGGCUAUUUAAUGGUCCUUUGUGCAUUUGAUUAUUUUUCAAGAAGCUGGUUAUUUUCUCCUUAGGGCCUCAAAUAAUGGUGUGAUUGCUACAAUGUAUUAUCUACUCAAAAGGUUCUUUUCAACUAAGUUUAUACCACUGUUAAAGUGAACAUGUGUAAAGAGAGAAAAAUCAGAUAAAAUAGUUAUUUUUCCUAAAAGCUUUUAAGGAAGAAUGUGGUUGCUUAAUGAUAUUCUUGUGAAUAAGUAAAAUUCAUGUCAAGUUUGUGUAUCUUGUGUCAGCAUCAUAACCCAAUAAUUAUUCUAAGAUACCUGCAGGCACAAAGACAUUUACACCAAAAAAUAUUUAUGAUUUUCUUUUGAUGUAAGUGAAAGUCCUUAAUAAUGUCAAUUCAGAUCUAGAUGAAUUAUUUUUCUUGUUUUUAGUUCAGCCAUAACUCACACAUACAGCUAUACUUCCUUGAGUGAUAGAUUCUUACAAGUUAAAAAAUAUUUACUUGAAAAGUUCAGAGAUUAAAACCCAAUCAUGAUUUUCUUUCCCUUGAUUCUGCGCUUUUCUCAUUUUCAACGCAAAAUAAAUUUUGGUUCUUGUGAUGGGAAAUGACGUAUAAAUGAUGAAAUUGAAAAGUCAUUAAUAUUAUUUGUGGCUGGCCUAUCUACAUUCUAGGGAUAUAAAACAGACAGGUGAUCUUUAUCACCCAGCUAAAAGGAUUCAACUGGUAAUAAAAAAUAUAAAUAUCAGUACUGUUCAUAUAUUCAACAUUCUAGGGAUAUAAAACAGACAGGUUAUCUUUAUCACCCAGCUAAAAGGAUUCAACUAGUAAAAAAAAUAAAUAUCAGUACUGUUCAUUUAUUAUUUAUGAAAUAAAAGUGUAACAUUAUUUCAGUUGUUAUCAUUAAGUCCUUUUAUAAGUUAAGCAGAAUAAAAAUUCACCCUAUAGUCAACUUGUUUUUACAUUUUAAGUUUGUUGGCUUAAAAGCUCAAUAUUUAGUAACUUAUCCAUCAAGAAAUUUGGAAUUUUUUAGCAAUUUUUUUUGCAAUUUUGUGUCAUUAUUCUUGAAAUGUUGUAACAGUAGCUGCUUACAAUUCAGGUUAUGUUUACAAAAGCUAUCACAUGGAUUUUAUUGAACUUUAUGAAUGGAAAAGUAAAUGCUUAUUGCAGAUAUAUAAGGAGAGCCCACUACAGUCAAGUACAAGAUUUGAUCAUACCCUGAGAACAGUGCAGAGAAUCAUUUGCCAAUUUGCUAUCGAUUGCACAAUAUUUUUAUAAGAGACUUCCAUUAUUAUUUAUGACUCAUAGAGUUGUGUGUAAAAGCAGCUGACUAAUAUUACAAGCUAACCUGAAAAACGUUUGUCUUCACAGGAUUUGUUGUGGUUCAAUUUAUUGUAACCGUGGUUUAAAUUUUAUUUUCCUUUGUUUGUAACUCAUUAUCACCCCCCUGGAUAAGCACUGGUCUCCCAAAAGGUCUCCCGGGCAGACCAACACUCAGUCUUUAAAUAAAUGAGAAGCAAGUGCUUUCUUAGUAAUAUAUCAGCAAAUUGUUGGAAUUUCUGGUCUUCUCAGCUAAUAAAGGCAUGAUAAACUGUAGGGUCAGUCUUACAACACUUGCUCAUAAAAUAAAUUCUGUGGGACAUUAUUUUAGGAGCUAACACACUGUUCAUAAAAGAUAGGGGAUGUACCGGUACUCCCCAGAGUGGUGGUCUAUCUCAAAUUCUCAGUCACAUUAUGGGGUAUUCAUAACUCAUUGCUUCAUUGAAAGUGCACCAUAAGGAGGACUUUGGCAGAAGUCCUCAACCAAUGUUGUAAAUUACUCCUGAAAAGCACUGAGGGGGUAGUGGAUAAUAAGAUAUUUUACAUUUCACAAUUUACCCCCCCUAAAAAAAAGGAAACUAAGGAUAGAAUUUAGCCACAACAGGUGUAUACAGUACUGUGAUGACUGUGCUUGUACAGUAUACAUGUAGAGGCACAUGUGAAAUGUUAUCUCUGUUUUCAGAUGUACGAGUUGCAAGCCAGUCGGUGGGAAUGGAAGAAGCUGAAGCCUAAAGCACCUAAGUCCCCUGGGGUUUAUCCAUGCCCUCGACUAGGACACAGUUUCACUGCUGUCAAUCACAAGGCUUAUCUCUUUGCCGGACUGGCUAAUGACAGUGAUGACCCAAAAAAUAACGUUCCUAGGUAAAUCUUUAAUUCCUAACCUUUGCCUUUUUGCCAGCAGUUUGGUUUGUUUCUUGUUUUGUUUGUGUUUGAAAGAGGAUUUGUGUUUAUUACCCCCACAGUAGAAAUCAUUUCACACUAUUGAAGAACAUCACUGAACAGAUGUAAAAGUUGAAUGAAAAGUUACAGGUUGUUUCUGUCAUCUAUCUACAGAUAUUUAAAUGAUCUCUACGUGGUAGAUAUACGGAGCAGCAAUAACUUGCAGUGGGAAGUACCAUCAACGUUUGGUAUGACACCUUCUCCACGUGAAUCACACACUUGUGUUGCUACGUCAGACUCAGACAGUAAGAGACCAAGACUUAUUGUUUAUGGUGGAAUGAGUGGUUGCCGUCUUGGUGAUCUCCAUCAGCUAGAUAUUGGUGAGUGAAAGUGCAGUUACACAUAAUUUCACCCUACUGGCCAAAUAUUUGCCCAUGAUAAUUCAAAGUCAACCGUUGAACUGGUAGGAAUGUUGCAGUGAAAAAUAAUUUUAUUUGUGUGUGAUCAGUGUUGGAGCAGUUAGAUAUUGGUUGGUGAAAGUGCUGUUAGAUAUAAUUUGACCCCACUGGCCAAAUGUUUGCCCAUGAUAAUUCAAAGUCAACCAUUGAUGAACUGGUAGAAAUGUUGCAGUGAAAAAUAGUUUUAUUUGGAUGUGAUCAGUGUUGGAGUUUAAGCCAUAUAGGGGAGUUUUAGCAUCUUACAGACAUUUCAGAGUAAUGUUUUUAAAAAGUGAUGACUUUAUUUACAUUACAGAGACAAUGACAUGGUCCAAACCAGCUGUCCACAAUAUGAUUCCUCUGCCAAGGAGCCUCCAUUCUGCUACUACUAUUGGCAAAAGGUUUGUUACCUGUCAUUUGCAACUGCUGUACAUUUUCUUAGCAAAAGCAGUCUGUCUACUGCGUAACACAUUCUCACAUGGUGUGCCUGUUGGUAAUAGUGGACUAAUACAUCAAGAAAGUCAUAGAGAACUUAGAGACUGCCUUUUGUGAUGUACUUACUAUGUUUUUUCAAUUUUUUUUUUCUUGUUUGUCAGAAUGUUUGUGUUUGGUGGUUGGGUACCGCUUGUAAUGGAUGAAGUGAAAGGGAGGCAAGAUGAGAAGGAAUGGAAAUGUACAAACUCUCUCGCUUGUUUAAAUUUAGGUACGCUCUGUGAUAGUUAAUUGAUUUAGUUUAAGGUAGUUGUGAUAGUUGUCACUAAUAAAUAAAAUCAAUGACAUAGUGGUUUACUUUAAUAUUGAGAAGUUAAAGUUAAAAAUAUCCUACAUUCAUUUAUUGUUGUGUAUGAUUGAGGCAAUAUUGUCAUUCGAAGCCAAGUUUUCUUUCUUUUUAUUGGUCAAGGGCCCACCACGUGUGCUGCAAAUAACUGCCCACCAAUAACGGUCUGCUCAUGCCCAAUCUCAUCCAACUGUGUUUGGCUGCAAAUAAUAUUCUGCAAAUGAGUAAAAGAAACCGCGGUUUUCUCCUUCUUGUGAUCACUGUUGCGUGAAAAUGGCAGAAUGGUUCGCUUCCUGAGAAUAUUCAUUACAAAAAAAAAACUAGGUGAUCAAAUGAUAAAAGAAUUAUUGAACUCGGUUAUCGCAAAAUAUUUUGGCAAAUAAUUGAUUGCUUGCCACUGACAAAUCACGAUAUUUUGCUCAACUUCAUCCAAUAAUAAUAAUUUGUUAAGUAUUGUACUGCACUUAAAUCAUUUAGAGAGUGCAGCAGUUUUUUGUCAUAAGAAUAACCAUCUCUUAUGUUUCCUCAAAACUGUUGUCCCUCUCUUAGGGGUAGUACUGAACAUUUUUUUGAUUCCCUGGUUUAAACACUUUUUUAUGUUUUUGUCCACAGAAAGCAUGUCUUGGGAGAAUGUAGUGAUGGAUCAGUAUGAUGAUUCAAUCCCUAGAGCAAGGGCGGGGCACUGCAGUGUGGCUGUGAGUCUUAAAAAGAUGCUUCUCUUGUGCCUUUUUUAUUUCGUUAAUGGAUUGUAAUGAAAUGCAAAGCAAUAAUGCUGUCAUUUCAAAGUUGUUGAUCAAUACUACCGUAUUAAGACAUUACCAUCUUCUUGUCCCCUCUGUCGCACAUCCUUCACAUGCCUAAAAUUGCCCUUCUCCAUCCCCUUUCAACCACCCACCACUCAGGCUGUAACUUACUUUACAAGCACCUUUUUAACUAGUAAGUUAAUAUAAGCUAUUAUUAAAAAUGGAAUCAUUGGAUAAUGUAGUUCUAGAGCCCUGAUUGGCUUAGCCAUCAUUGUAGAUGAGCCAUUAUGCCAUGCUCUCCAAAUAUGGUAACUGUACGCGUCUGCUUAUAAUUAAAAACAAGCUGAAAAUUGGUUGUUUUGACAAGAAAAAUCGGGAAGAAUUCUCGAUAUUUUGUGGGCGUUUGUAUUCAACAAUAAUCCACUCACGCUUGCUGGAUAAAUGAGUUGAUUAUAGCCAACUCUUGCUGGCUAUCACUAUCUCAUAUCCAAUGGGCAUUGGUGGAAUAAUAUUGUUAAUAAGUCAUUAUUCAAACACAAAAUAGCUAUAGUUGAACAGUCAAAGAGAGGCCUCAUAUCACUGUGAACCUGUAGCCAAGCACAAGAUUUUGUCAGCAAAACUUCAAGCUCAUUUUGAGUCAGCAAAAUAAGUGAAUUGACUAGAAUUCAGUUUUUCAGGAUUGUACCAUACAUGUAUUUUCUUCCAAAAUGCUCAGUUUGUUAUAAGUGUUAAGUACCUUAUUUUUAUUUUAAUCAGAUCAACACCAGAUUGUACAUGUGGAGUGGCAGAGACGGCUACCGAAAAGCUUGGAACAAUCAGGUUAGUUUGAGCGUAAAAUAUCUCAGGAGUUGUUCACUUCUCCAUGUUAAUUCCAAAUACAUCAUUGUGUUCUUACAGUCAGGUAGUAAGUUUUAAAACUAGUUCUAUCUUUUAGGUGACUGUUGUGCUGCGCUGCUUCUGUGGGGCUCUUUUCUUAUUUAAGUUCACUAGUUAUUUAGGUUGUUCUUAGUAUUUACUUCACACAGUGUUAGGUUUUUAUAGAGUUGAAUUUCAAGACAAAAUGCUAAUAGCAUGAUUUUUGGCAGGUAUGCUGCAAAGACUUGUGGUAUCUUGAAACAGGUGUGUAUGUGGUUUUAUUUCUGCCUUGAUCACUUUAAAAGCUCUCUGCAUUUAAAUUGUAUUUCCAUAACUCUGUGAUAUGACGUAAGCUUUUUCUUUUUUCUUUAGAAAAACCUCCUGCCCCAACUAGGGUGCAGUUGGUUCGAGCAAGUACCACUACCCUGGAAGUGUGCUGGGGCUCUGUGCCUACUGGUAUGUUGUUAUUUCUGUUGUCACAUCUUUUGGUUAUUUGUGGUGUUGAUAAUCACAGAGAUUAAUGCAGUUUAACGGCAAAGAGUCAUUGAGAUCAAUCCUCAUCAUUUGCCAUGCUUGUACUCAAAAUAUACAGCCAGUGUGUUACUCAUUUUUCUGGUGCGAAUAAAGUGCUUUUUUCAUUAUGUAAAGUGAACUCACAUUGUUCUUUGUUUAAGGAAAAAUUCUAAAUUGUAACAUGUGAAAUCUGUAUCUGUUGGGGAUAAAAUUCAUUUUCAGGUUAAAUGUUUUUUCCCCCAAGUUUGAUUCAGAAUUUCCUUUGUUGCCUAGCCCUAGGUCUUCAUAGGAGACAAAGGAAAUUGUGGUUUAACAUGACAACAGAUUUUCCCCACAUUUACCUAUUUUGCUGUGACAAAAACCUUUUUUUUUUCUACAUCAGGCUGUCUUGGAUAUCCUUUAACAGGGUGCAAAGAAAGUCAGUUUUACAGCCCCCUAUUCGGGCAAGCUGUAGCUAGCAUGUACUAGCCCACACUCAUUUCAGCUAGGCCCAAAAUCCUUUUUGAUUACCAGGAUUGAUGACAAUCUUUCUGUAAUUUGAAUUUCCCCAAAAAACAGCACUUGCCCGUCGGGCAAGUUAAGAACAAAAAUCACUAGUCCAAUAGCAAAAUCCACUAGCCCCGGGCUAUCGGACAAGACUUUCUUUACAUGCGUUUAAGUGUUAUUGGUACAUUUUGUGAUUAUCUGACAUCCUUUUUUUCACAGCUGAUGCAUAUCUACUGCAGCUACAGAAGUAUGAACUUCCCCCAACACCAGCUGCCACUCCAGUGAAAGCAGCCUUCUCAUCCACCGGGUCAGGAAGCCCACUAGGGACAAAGACACCAGCAUCUGCAACUACACCUCCAAAAGUGGCAGUCAAGGCCUCUCCAGCAACUUCGCCCUCUGUUACGCCAACUAAACAGCUAGGCAUGGCAACACAGAAAGUUGUAAUGCAGUCGCCAUCACAGUCAGCUAAGCCCAAAGCACAGCCAAUGGCAUCACCAGUCAAGCCUGUCAUUCAGAAACAAAGUCCAGCUGCCAGUCCUGUGCCAGCUGUGGCUUCUUCAGUUACGUCAACAGGUACGUCAGUAACUCAGACAUCUACAGCCACAGCAUCUACUGCAGUAUCUGGUAUAAAGACAGUUGUUCAAGGCCAGCUUGUCAAUCAGGGUCAAGCAGCUUCAGCAGGUUCAAUAACUGGUCAGGGACUUGCACUGAUUCGAGCACCAGUUCAGCUUCCUCCUGGAGUUCAGGCUACCAUGAUCACCAACGCUCAGGGCAUCCCUGUCAUGCGACUUCAGGGUGCAGGGAUUCAAGGAACAGCACCUGUGACGAUAGUCACCACCCAAGUUGGUGCAACGCAACUACAAGGAGCAACCAUUGUGCGUAUGGCUGCCCCAGUUGGCAACCCUGCGUCAAGCGGAACCACAACUGGAACAGUUCUGAGGUUACCAGUGCAGAGUGGAACCAGUAAUGUGCCAGGGACAGCUGUGUUAAAGAUUCCUGUUACAACUUCAAUCCAGCUGCCUGGUGCGACAGGUCUGACCAUGACAGCCAUAGCAGGAAGCAGUGGCCAGGCUGUGAUUAGACAGCAACUUCCUGUGACACUGCCUGCAAACUUACCCCCAGGAACACAGCUUAAAGUGGGACCACAGGGUCAGCUGACUGCUGUAGGCCCAGGUGGUAUUCCUGUACAGCUCACCCUGCAAAAUGUUAAGACACAGCAGGUGGCAACAGGGUUGCAGGUUCAGUCCGGUGCCACAAUAGGAACCCCAACAGUUGUGCAGCUAGCAGGUGCUUCUCCUGUGAAAGCAAACAUUGCACAGCUGACAACAUCCUCAGCAGCUCCAGCAAAAGUCACACAGGCUACCCAAAGCUUAGUUACAAGCACCAAACCUGCGGUGACAUUGACGGUGGCUUCAGUUGCUAAGACAGUGAUGACCACAGCAUCUGUCACUCCAUCAUCAACAGUUGUCACUGGACAAACUGCUCUUGUCAAGAAGCAGAUUCCUCCUUCUGUGGCAGUGUCUCCUGCCACUGCUCAGGUUAUGUCAGGGCAGGAACAAAAGACCUCAGCAACUGCAGUGUCAACAUCAGGCCAGCCAGUGAAAACAACCAUGUCCAGCAAACAGACAACUGUGGUGACGACACUUACAACAAGACAACAGUUUACCAAAACAAUGGUUACAGGGACAAUCAGCACCUCUGGAGCAGUAUCUGUAACGACUGUCUUGCCUUCUAAGGUGAAUCCCCCAGCAACGUCAACAGCAAAAGCUCCAGUACCACAAGCAACAACAACAUCUGUCUCCAUCCCGAAAGCAAGUUUUCCCACCACUACCAUUGCAAGUAUACCUGCUGUUGUCAAGACUAACAUAGCAGAUUCCACUAUGACAAGUAAAACAACAACAUCUUCAACUACAACACUAUCAACUCAAGCCACACCCAAAGCCAUCGUCAGUGUUGCCAAGGCAACAGCAGCCGAGUCCACAAUGCAAUCAUCUGUGACGCAGAUGUCAAGAUCAGCAGUUGCACCGGCUAGUACAGCAGGAAUUGUGAAAGCAGUCACCACUGCUCCUGUUGUUUCCUCAGUAACAACUCCGCUGGUGUCUUCAACAGUGUCCAGUAACACGCCAGUGGCAGUAGUGUCUCCACUGAUUACCAAAACACGGACCACUGUCGCUGUGACAAGAGCUUCCACCGGAAAUGUGUCAACCAGUUUGCCUCAAACAGUCACUACAAGCUCCGCACAGGUGACUACUGCUAUGUCACGCACUGUGAAUGAUGGAGCAGGUGUGAAGGCUGACAGAUCAGCUACACCAGCCUUGAUAUCAAAGGUAAAGUUAAAUUUCUAGAUGCAGGUUUCUAGCUAUUGCUUUACAAUAGCUAGAAAUAUGCUUGAAAUAAAAUAUCCCAAAGUAUGUAGCAUCUAAGUGGCCCAAAAAUCAUAGUACAAGAGAUUUGCAAUAAAAUUUUGCAUGUUCUUAUUCUGGAAUACAAUCAAUCAAAUGCGCCAGUAUGAAUUAAGAAAGGUAAUUUAUCUUUUAUGGGAGUGCAGAGCAGUUGUAACAGACAAAAUGAAAUAAUCCGUGUUUGAGUUCCAUAUUAAAAGAGGUGAAUUUAUUAAUGAGACACUCUAUCUGCUGUGGUAUUUUGCACUGUGACACACAAAAUAAUAAGGAAAGAAAAAAAUACAGCAGCCUAAACCACACAGCUUUGCUGCCUUGUCCACUUUUUUUAUUAUUAAAUACAAGCACUGGGAACAUAUUUUGGUGGCUAGUAAAACUUAAUCGCGUUGGCUUAUUUUCAGGCUCAAAAACCAGUCAAACCGAGCUAUACCAGAAAAGUACAGUCUUCAAAUCAGUGGUAUGAUGUAGGAAUUGUCAAAGGAAUCUCCAUGAUGGUCACGCAUUAUUAUUUAUCUCCUGAAAGUACUACAAAUGAGGUGAGAGAAGCUAGAUUGCUUGUGAUGUACCGGUGGUUAAGGCCUUUGACUUUCAUCAAUACCUAAAAUUAAAGAAAAUACUGAAAACCAAAUAGUAUCAUGUGAAAGCACUGCUGAAGAGGUUUCAUUUGAAAGGUCACACCAUAGGAUUUCAUCCACAGACUCAAAAGUUAGAAGUACAUACUAAAUAAAUAGUACCAUGUGAAAGUACUGCUGAAGAGGUUUUAUUUGAAUGGUCACACAAUAGGAUUUCAUCCACAGACUCAAAAGUUAGAACUACAUGUACUAAACAAAUAGUCCCAUGUGAAAAUACUGCUGAAGAGGUUUCAUUUGAAUGGUCACACUAUAGGAUUUCAUCCACAGACUCAAAAGUUAGAAGUACAUACUAAAUAAAUAGUACCAUGUGAAAAUACUGCUGAAGAGGUUUCAUUUGAAUGGCCACACAAUAGGAUUUCAUCCACAGACUCAAAAGUUAGAAGUACAUACUAAAUAAAUAGUACCAUGUGAAAAUACUGCUGAAGAGGUUUCAUUUGAAUGAUCACACAAUAGGAUUUCAUCCACAGACUCAAAAGUUAGAACUACAUGUACUAAACAAAUAGUACCAUGUGAAAAUACUGCUGAAGAGGUUUCAUUUGAAUGGUCACACAAUAGGAUUUCAUCCACAGACUCAAAAGUUAGAACUACAUGUACUAAACAAAUAGUACCAUUUGAAAAUACUGCUGAAGAGGUUUCAUUUGAAUGGUCACACAAUAGGAUUUCAUCCACAGACUCAAAAGUCAGAUCUACUACUGUUGUCUCCAUUUAAACUGGAGGUGGAAUGUAAAAUUGAAUGAAUUUGCGUGAAACUCAGAGGUGCGCGAUUUGAAUUACUAACAUGAGCCAAAUUUUCAAACAACCUUGGACUUAGUUAAUAUGUACCCUUUCUUUUGAAAGAAAAUGUUGUAAAAAUGUUAAAGACAAAGUAUCUCAUUUCAAACUUGUUCAAACUUAUGACGUACGAAUGAGGUCUUAAUAAAGUUAUAAAAUAGAAACCUUUUGGUACUUUGGAACUUGUAGGCCAACCUUGACAUUGAAAGCGGCUCUGAACAUAAUUUAAAGAAGCAGGAGCUUUUACCAGGAACAGCGUACAAAUUUCGAGUGGCAGCCAUCAAUGCUUGCGGAAGAGGACCAUUCAGUGAUGUGUCUGCUUUUAAAACAUGCCUACCAGGUGAAAAAGUCAACUAACUACUCUACAUUUGUUUCCCCUAACUAAGGGAACUUUCCAGUCUUCCUAAACGUCACCAACUAGAUGUACUUCGAAGGCUUCUAUGUCAAACUUUUCGAAACCCUGGGGUGGAGGGGGGGAAUCCCGAAUGAAAGUGACACGGAUGCUCAUCGUCUAGCUUCCCACGGGGAAGGAGCGCGUAAAAAGCCGUAAGAACGUCCGCGGGGGAGGCUACUCAUCGUCUCGUUUAGGGGUAGAAAUUGCAGAUUUUUUACUCUCUUAGGGUGUUUUCACUCAUAUAAACGUAUCACUUAGAAUUAUGCUUAAAGAAGUAUCUCGAUAAAACGAAACAAUUUCUCUCAUGCUGUGUUGGAGUAUGGUCUCCUUUAGGACAACAAAUGAAGCUUGAUCCACGCCACGCCGGUCUCCAUACGGGGUUUUGUUAUAAUUAUCCGAGGACUAGGUCUACCUUAAAGAGAAAGAAGUACAGUUGUAUCUCCCAGUGAACUUGAGUGGAAGAUCGUCUUCGAAGAGAGCUCUUGAGUCGAAUAGCUCUCCGUUUGUUUUGGAUGCUUGAGGGCUUUCAAUUUUGACAGAGGGGAGGUCGGAAAAAUUGUUGGGCAGGCCUUUAAGGCUUGAUAAAGGAAUAAAUGAAGUCAAGGGGUGGGUUGUGAAUUUUUUUUUUGCCAUCUAAAGAGGAAGGGAAGGAGCAACAAUUCAUCGAUGAAUCAUUAUAAUCCUUAAUUAAUCCUGAACUUGUCUGAAACAACCGAUUCCUAACUCAGAUAUCUUUUCUUUAUUUCUUCCCUUUAGGGUUUCCUGGAGCUCCAUCAGCAAUUAAAAUCAGCAAGGUUUGUGUAGUACUGUUUAAAAAACGAGCAGGAGUUUGCCUCGAGUUUUAAAACCUGAUAAUACACGACUGCGAGUUUUCUGAACGGCUUGAAAAUCUCUGAUAUAGAACAACUCAUUCUUGUACAAAUAUUUAGACUUGGGGUUAUUUUGGUCUAAAAUACUGGAGGUAGAGUUUAGCUGUGUCUUUAUCAGAUAUAAAGACACUCAUUAAACAUUAAUUUCUUUCGUUUUCUCUUCAUGAAUUAUUAAAGUAAUCCUCAUAAUUAUCGUACUGAGUUUUACGGUGCUUUUGAAUUAGAUGUUGAUAAGAAGAAACGUAAACUAUGUACAGCUUUCCAGCUUUGUAGAGUGGUCAGGCUUAAACACUUUUUCAGUUGGUCGUCAGUAACAGCACCCCGUCAUCAGAGGCUUUCUUUCACCCGAUCGAUUUUUACGUACUCGAGAAAGACCCUGCGUGAUUCGAGUAAGAUAAUUGCUGAGCAUGCACGGCAUGUUGCGGGGAUAUAGUUUCGAACCUAUGUCUAACAGCCGUGCGCUUGCUACAGCGGGCUUGUUUAUGACCAUUGGUUUACAAAAAAAUGGAUCCUCGCUUUCGAAAACCAAAUUUGGCGGGAAAAAAUAAUAUUGACUUGUCCAGCAGUUCGGACUGCGGUGAUCCAAUAGUUUGGUGUCAAGUCGUUUUGCCCGAAAGUCGGUUCGCGCGAUAGCAGUUCGUCCAGACUAAGUCGAUUCGCCCGAAGCGUAUUUGUCGUUCUUUAAGCCUGAAAAAAGGGAAUAAGCAUAGAAAGACAGUGACUUCACAUGCGGAAUCCAAGGGUAACUAAAGUAACACCUCGACUGGUAUGUUCACAAUGUUGUAGAGUGUUGUAUGUCAUCGGGCGAAUCGACUAAUUUCCUGGCGAACGCCGUCGGGCAGGAUUCAGGCAGAGCGUCCUUUUCUCCUCCUCUCUCAAGAAGACAAAAAAAGGUGUAAUAACAGUAAAAAUUUAAUCUUAUUUCCUGUUUGGAUAAAUCAGAACGCUGAGGGAGCUCAUUUAUCGUGGGAAGCACCGUCCAAUGCCGCUGGUAAUGUAAGUGAAUACUCCGUGUACCUCGCCAUACGCAGCCAGUCAAACAACCAGUCAGACGACAAACCAGUAGCAGGGCUGACGUCAUCAAGCUCGGGCCCAGUCCAGCUCGCUUUUGUACGUGUGUAUUGUGGUGCCCAACCCACCUGCACUGUCAGCACGGCCACUCUUCAAAGCGCGCAUAUCGACUUCUCGACCAAGCCAGCCAUUAUCUUCAGAAUUGCUGCCAAAAACGACAAAGGGUCAGUAUUAAUUGAACGUUUUCUACAUCUCAGUUAGCCUGCGAACAGCGGACGCAUUUCCGGUCGAAGCGACGACCGGAAAUGCGUCUGCUGUUCGCAAGCUACAUCUCAGUAAAUACUGGUAAAUUCAUUGAUACCUAGUAUUUGAUUUUCUUCACAUUCUUUUUUCUCCUUUUUUCUUUAUUCAACUUAUUUUUUUAGUUACGGUCCAGCAACUCAAGUCAGAUGGCUUCAAGGUAAACACCGUAGUGUCUAAAUAAAACAGUUAUUUUGGAAUUUUGUGGUCGAUAAGCCUUUUAUGUUGCGAUUCGUAAACUUUUGAUUUCAUGGACACGGGUUACUCUGUUAUUUUUCAUUUGUUAAACAGAUAUGAAAGACUUAAAAGAUGGACAACUUGCUAUGAAAACAACAGCGAAACGGUCGGCCGCAGACAGGUGAGAGUCACUGCUGAUAAAAUGGUUUCGUAAGUGUAAGACUACUUUAAGCUGCUGAUUAAGUUCAUGGUCCUUAAGGCUGUAUGAUCAGAGAUAUGUUGCACAAGCUGAGACUGUAAGCGGACAAGCGUUAGUUAUGAUUGGUCGAUGAUACUCAAGGCAACCAUUAACCUAUAAUUAUAAGUAACGCUUGUCCACUCAAGCGAUCCCAGAAAUCGUCGCGCGCGAAAGUUUCUUCUGGAGUGGGAGAUUGAUAGAUGUGACUUUUGCCUUUGUUCCUUUAGCCGGUCAGCGGAAUCGUCUAAGAGAGCUAAGAAAGAAAAAGACAAACGCGAAGAAAAGGUAAAGAAAGAGAAAGAAGCAACAGAAGAUAUAACGCCAAAAGCCGAAACAAAGGACACAUGAUAUAAAACAUAUAUUCAAAUACUCUUUAUUUUAUGUAGAUACACAUUCUUAUUUAGAUACACGUUCUCGGUAUUGAUGAUAGAAACGAACGUAUUUAUUUAUGACGUUUGAAGGCGGUUUUUUGUUUCGACCGUCUUGCGUGGGAGGUGUUCGGGUUUCACUAGCAGUGAAAGCCCAAAAGCGAGGGCGUUAUUUCUCCGUGAAAACGGUCCAGUCUCAAGCAAACGUUAUGCUUGCGUCGCUCGUUAAAACCAGGUUUAUGCAAGGUUCCAUAUUGUCAGAGUUGCGUGACGAACAAGUGACACGUCACGCAAUGGGCAGCGGAAGAGGUUCCUUCGACAGUGUUGACCGGUUUUUGAAAAUUUCGAGAAACACUGUUUUGCGAACCUACUUGUUUCUGUUUUCGUAUUGAGAACGUGUCAUUGAUUUUAGCGUGAAGGAGAAUGGUGUAUAGUAUCUAUGUAAGUACCUGUUUUAACACAGCCUGGAUAUCAGGCAAAAAACGCUGGAGAAAGUUGUUUCUCACGAAUACUUUUAGCCCAGUUACGCAUCAGUUGAGAUACACGUGGUGGCUUGCUGUUUAACCAGAGACUUCGGUUAUUUUGGCAAAGUAGGAAAUGGGCAGGACUUUUUUGUUGGAAAUUGUGGAGUUUAUUCCCGAAUGCAGACAAAAGCAUUGGCGGAUUCAGCUAUUUAAUUUGGCAGGGGCCCGGCUCAUGCAGACCAGCCAAAGAUAAGAGGGGACCCGGCCUCGAAAACAAUUUUUCUCAGCCCUGCCGGCUUCAGUUUGGCCAAAAACUACGAGGGGGCCUGGGCUCCUCCCCUAAUCCACCAAUGAAAAGCCUCGCAUCUCCUUGAGAGAACUGAAGUAAGUUUUUAAAUUUCGGAGAAAAAUUUGAGAAUUCGCGUGUUCUUCACUCGUUGGGGGCGAAAAUAGAAGAAAGAAGUCUUAAAAAGGUGCCUUCACUCCAACUCAUCGUUUUUGGUGAGUAGCUGGUGAAAGUAUUUCUGAUGGGUCUAUUGUACUACUAACUUGGACAGAUCUUAUCGGCUGUCUUAGUGUAGAUAUUGCGAAGCCUCGUCUUUUUGAACUGACCAGACAGGUGAUUCCGCCGGGUCAAUCUUGCUAGCGUGGAAAAUUGAAAGGGAAAACUAGAGGCCCUUUCGCUGCGAUUUGUCGCCGCCAUAUCACAAGGCUUGAAACAUGUUUAGAACAUGUUUCAGUCAUAUUCAAACAACUUGUCGUUGCAGAACAAACGCACUGAAAUCGUAGCCAGUUUUAACUUGGGACAAAA